UUGAAAAUGUUUAUACGAUUGUAUUUGGGUUUUUAAUAAUUUAGUUGGAAUUCAUGCUCUAAAUUCUAUAAUGGAGUUAAUAAACAAUAUUACCUCAUUCUGGGCAGCAAUUACAAUCCUAAUCACGAAGCCUCACGUCGUAAAUAAAAGAUUAUGGGGACAAAAAGUCCUGAAAAAGUUUGUAUUUAAAGUUUCUGAUUCAGAUUACAUUAAUUGUAUUAAACACUAUAUUGCAAAAGUAAAAUUAACAAACACAGACAAUUUAGAAGAAUUCUGUAAAAGUUUACAUGAUGAUAUUGUACAUAACCUUAAUUUGGUAGAAUCUGAUGAUGGUGAAGUGGAAAUACUUUUAGUAGAACUUCUACCAAAAUGCUACAGUGAGCAUCAUGCGUAUCAGUUAGUAUGUUUGCUAAAGCAUAAAGGUCAAGUCAUUUUUUAUGAUGUAUCUCCAGAGGACAGAGGACAAACUUUAUGUCCCAAUUUUUCAUACACAUUUUAUUCCAAUGGUAAAUCUCUGGAUGUAAAAAGCGAUUGUGAUCCAGAUGACAAAAGAUGGCUAUGGUUGAAAAAAACUGUUGUACCUCAAGUUACAAAGUGGGCACAUGAAGAUGCCAGAGGUCAUACAAGUAGUAUGUGUAAAGAAUCACUGAUGUUGGUGUCACAUGAUGAGUAUUAUGAACUUUAUAAUGAGUUAAAACUGAAACAUGGAAAAGAAUUAGUUAAGAUAUGGCCUGAAUGCACAGACCCAUUAAAGUUUGUAUAUGAGGAUAUUGCUAUUGCGACAUACCUGUUAUUAUAUUGGAAACUAAUAAGCAAGAGUCCACUGAACUUCGUAGACUUAGGCUGUGGAAAUGGACUGCUGGUUUAUGUGUUGACAAUGGAAGGCCACAAGGGCAUAGGAAUUGAUGUUCGGAAGAGGAAAAUAUGGGACAUGUAUCCAGAGAAUAUAAAACUACAGGAACACACUGUAACUCCAAACAGAGAUGUAUUCACUGAAGCUGAUUGGAUCAUUGGUAACCAUUCAGAUGAAUUAACACCUUGGAUACCUGUCAUUGCAGCUAAAAGUUCCUACAAAUGUAAUUUCUUCUUGCUUCCCUGUUGUGCAUACAACUUUGAUGGCACCAAAUAUCAAAGACAAAAUUCUUCUAUAAGCCAAUACACAGAAUAUCUAGAUAAAAUUUAUAAAUUAUGUGUGGAGAUGGGUUUCGAGACUAGUAAAGAUAGACUUAAAAUACCUAGCACCAAAAGAAUUUGCUUUAUCAGCAGUAGUAGAACAUAUACAAUUGAUAAGCACGAAAGGCAAAUAGAAAUUGUCAACAAUAUGGUUGCAUGUGAGACUGGUGUACAUAACAAUAAUGAGCAAAUAAUAAAAACGAGAGAUCCCAUAGAAAAGGUAAAAAAUUGCACACAAAUUGAUAAAAACGUAAUCGAUUACAUAGUGGAAUGUAUUUCCAACUAUUUGCUUAAAGACAUUGAUCUUAAAUCUAAAUGGGAGAUCGGAAAAACUGUAAGAAUAGAUGAACUAAUUGAAAUUUUACCAGAAAACUACCUAAACUCUCUAAAGUCAGAAUGUGGAGGCUUACAAACACUUUUAAGGAAUAACCAUCAAAUAUUUGAAGUACAAAAGGGCCAUGUUAAAAUAAGAUACCCAAAGACUAUAGAUGAAGUGAAAAUUAACAUGAGUAAAUCAAAGAAACGGUCAAAAAUUAAAAUGCAAGUGAAAAAGUGUUGGUUUUACAAUAACCAUCCACAAGGUUGCCCUUUAGAAAGCUUUAAUUGCAGCUUUUUACAUGAGAAAAGCUAAUCAAGUAAGAACCUAUAUUUUUUCUAGUAUACAUAUAAGUUAAAUAAAUGUUUUUGUCUUGCUAAGAA